GACCUCACCGUGGGGCUUCAGGCGCUUCUGGAUUAUGAAGAUGACGACCUUCAAGAUGCUUUUGACUGCUACUUUGUGGUAUAUUACCAGGAUCCAUUUGGCAACACACUUUCACACGAACUCAAACCAAAUGGCUCAUCUAUCCCGGUAACGAAAGAAAAUCGUCAGGAGUUCGUAGAUUUAUAUGCGAAUUUCCUAUUGAAUGAAUCGGUGAAAAAACAAUUCAAUGCUUUCCGUCGGGGAUUUCAAAUGGUUGUGGAUGAAAGCCCCCUUACAUUCUUAUUUCGUCCAGACGAAAUUGAACUGCUCGUUCGAGGAAGUGGUGAAUAUGAUUUCAAAGAAUUGGAACGUGUGACUAACUACGAGGACUACACAGCCGAUUCUCUUGUGAUAAAGAAUUUUUGGUCCGUGGUUCAUUCAAUGACCUCAGAGCAACAGCGUCAGCUACUACAAUUUGCCACCGGCUCCGACCGUAUCCCCGUGGGAGGCAUGUCUAAAAUGAAAUUCACAAUUGCCCGUCAAGGGGCCGAUGCCGAUCGCCUUCCAACGGCGCAUACAUGUUUUAAUAUUUUACUCCUCCCGGACUAUCCAACGCUGGAACAGUUGCAACAUCACCUCCUGAUUGCAAUCACUUACUGCAAAGGUUUUGGCAUGUCUUGA